CCAGUCUUUGGAAUCUUUGCUAUUUAGAGAUAAAAAAUUGCAUGGUAACCUACAGAGAAAUGUUAAUAAUGCUUGAAAGCCUCUCACAGAUAAUCUUUGAUCUAUGAUAUUACCGUAUUGUUUCCCAGGAGAAAGAGAACUGUUUUCUUCAAAUCCUCAAGCUUUGAAGCAAGCUGCGAUGUAGAAAAUAAUUUGAAUCUUACUGGCUAGAAAAAAUGCUGUCUGCAUUACUUUUAGUUUGCUGCUACAGGUUUUGAUAAACUGAUAGAUUUAAAAAUUAUUAGAGAUCUGGGCACUUAGACUGUCCAGGCAGUAGGGAUUUCCUUAAAAAUCUUUACUGUAGGCUGUUAGCUUAAAUGAAUCUUGUAAUACAAGUGUUUUCUAAACCUGUAAUUCCUACCAAUCUAGAUGAAAGGUACUGAGUAGGGGACAAACACUACAUGUGUCUCUGCUCUGCUCUUUGUUGUAGGCUGUCCUGACUUUUUUUGAGUUCACUGGGAGACCCUGAGUUUCAUGUUCUCCAUACUCUCCACCUGCUGAAAUGACAGUCUGGUUGAUACUUGUCACUAGAUGCAACAAGGUAUUGGUCGGCCAAGCGUAUACCAUGCGGUGGUGGUCAUAUUUCUAGAAUUCUUUGCCUGGGGGCUCUUGACAACUCCAAUGCUAAUGGUCUUACAUGAAACAUUCUCCCAUCAUACAUUUUUAAUGAAUGGUCUUAUUCAAGGUGUUAAGGGUUUUUUGUCCUUUCUCAGUGCUCCGCUAAUAGGUGCUCUAUCAGAUGCAUGGGGAAGAAAAUCUUUUCUUCUUCUUACAGUUUUCUUCACCUGUGCCCCAAUUCCAUUAAUGAGAAUAAGUCCAUGGUGGUACUUCGCUAUGAUUUCGGUAUCUGGAAUCUUUUCUGUUACCUUUUCUGUAAUAUUUGCCUACGUAGCUGAUGUAACACAAGAACAUGAAAGAAUUACAGCCUAUGGACUGGUAUCUGCCACCUUUGCAGCAAGCUUGGUAACUAGCCCUGCCAUUGGAGCAUACCUGUCUGCCAGCUACGGAGAUAACCUUGUCGUACUAGUGGCUACAUUGGUGGCCGUUGUGGACAUCUGCUUCAUCCUGCUAGCUGUACCAGAAUCUCUGCCAGAAAAAAUGAGACCUGCUUCAUGGGGAGCUUCUAUAUCGUGGGAACAAGCAGACCCUUUUGCAUCUCUGAAGAAGGUUAGAAAAGAUUCUACGGUUCUCCUGAUCUGCAUUACAGUGUUUCUCUCCUAUCUGCCUGAGGCUGGCCAGUAUUCUAGCUUUUUCCUGUACUUGCGACAGAUUAUAGGUUUUGGAUCCGCUAGCAUUGCGGCAUUUAUAGCUGUGGUAGGCAUUCUGUCUAUAAUAGCUCAGACUGUGUUUCUCAGUAUCUUGAUGAGGUCUAUAGGGAACAAAAAUACAGUUCUCCUUGGCCUUGGCUUUCAAAUCCUUCAGUUGGCUUGGUAUGGUUUUGGAUCUCAGUCUUGGAUGAUGUGGGCAGCAGGAGCAGUAGCGGCAAUGUCAAGUGUUACAUUCCCAGCCAUCAGUGCUCUGGUUUCACGAAAUGCAGAGUCAGAUCAACAAGGUGUUGUUCAAGGAAUAAUAACUGGAAUAAGAGGUCUGUGCAACGGCCUGGGACCAGCACUGUAUGGCUUUAUUUUCUUUCUCUUUCAUGUGGAGCUCAAUGAAUUGCCACCUGAUCAGACUUCUGGAAAAAAAGCAAUGCAAGAUCCCAGUGAUGAGAGAGCAAUCAUUCCUGGUCCACCCUUCCUGGUUGGAGCAUGCAUUGUUCUUCUGGCUUUUCUAGUCGCCUUAUUCAUUCCUGAGCACAGCAAAGCCAGCAGUACCAGAAAACACAGCAACAGCAUCAGCAGUGCUCUGAGUAACAACCUCGACCGAAGCAGUGAAGAGGACACUGAACCAUUGCUGCAAGAUAGCAGUGUAUGAAGGCUGACUUCUGAGGAGUCUAUGGAACAAAUUCAUGCACUGAAUUGCAGCUCUGGAAGCUUGGUGGGUUGUACAGAGUGCCUGGCCUCUGAAGGGAAGGCAGGUGUGUGCAAGGGAAGGUCACAUGCUGUAUUGAGGUUGAUACCAUACUUCCGGGAGGUUUUGUUUAGCAUGGCAGGUCACAACUAGGUGUGAUUCUACCCAAUAUUGGACUGCAAAUGCUAUGUCAAAUCCUGGUAUUGGGUAGAAACCUGAAUGUACAGACGUAAUAGAAUUUUUUUUUAAAGUUUGAAUGUUCAGUUCCCAAAGUUGUAUGCAAAAUAAUCAGGUUUGAGGCAGAACAGUUUCUGCCACCGCUGUUAAAGGUUGUUUUGCGUUUCUUAUGCCUUUUGUCUGCAUGUAUGCCACAUGUAGUCUUCAUGAUGUGAGUGGGACUGAUCUAUAUAGUUCUGGUAUCUGAAAUAGUGGUUAUCCAUAAAAGUAAUUGAAUUUCCUGAAGGCACAUUCUCAAAUAUUACUUAGUAAUGAGAAGUCCACUAGUUACCAGAAAGCAAUGAUGAAACUGAGAUGACUUCUGAGCGUGUAUGAUCACACAUGACAGUCAUUACCCAUAAAUGAAGGUCAUACUGAAGUCUUAAACCUACAUUCCAGAACAGUCAGUUCUGACCAGUUAAAGCAAAUCCAGAUGGCACCUGAAAGCACUGGUCACAUUAAUGUUUUGCUGAUAAAAAUAGAAUUUUAAUUACAAAAUGAGCAGCAUCAGAAAUAUGGACACUCCUGACUUCUGAUGCAGGAAAAAUAGUGGGUGCCAGAGUAGUUUACAUCAAGAAAUAUGUAUAUUUAUUGCAUUUUGUCACUUUAUCUGCCAUAUGAAAUAAUCUUUCCUAUUAAUUCUUUUCACCCCUGCCUUAACUGCUACUUAGUGUUCAGUUAUUAAUCAUAUUUAGCUGUCAUAUCACUGUCUUACCUGCUGAAUCUCAUGGAUAUAUUCAUAUCAAAUUUCCUUUCUAAAAGAUGCUUUAAAGGAGUUACGGCUACAAAUGUGCUAAUUUUUAGAGACAUUUUAUGAAAAAUACACAGAUUUAUAUGUAUUUUGCUGCAGUGUAAAUGGACCAUUAAACCCAACUUUAAUGAAGUACUCCUAUGAAUGUUUUAUAUGUAUGCAAUAUACGUAGAUAUUUGUAAGGAAUUUUAAUUUUUCCAGAUGGGGUGCUGUGUAAAUCAUGUAUUUAUAAAUGUAAUGAGGGUACUGACAGAUAUACAGUUUUUUAAAAGGAUUGUGUAUUGACUGAACAAAUUUUAAAAAUAUAUAUUUUGAAACUUGUUCCACAUUGAGCAGAGAUAACGAACC